UUAUCAACAAUCCAAGAGAAACUCAGUGAUUAUAUUUGUUGGAAAUUGUCGAUUUGAUUUGAUUGAUCGAGCCAAAGUUUCAUUUGAUUCCCGACUCACUUUCAACACAGUCAAACUUUUUUUUUGUUUCUCUGUAGCAAUUAACUAGAAUCAUUUAGUUUCUCUAUUAUUUUUACAAUCAUUUUGAAAAUGUUAAUCAAAUUACUAACAAUUUCCUCUCUCUGUUUGUUGGCUAUCGCUUAUCCCACUGGUGCACCAAUAGAAUCAUGUAACCUUCGUAUCCCAGGUCACUCGGCUCAAGCUCAAACGACACCCGCUCCUUUUAACAUUGAAGUCAAGCCAAUCGCCGGAGGCAAAUACAGUGUCACCUUAAAAUCAACGGAUUCAGGUAAAUUCAAAGGUUACCUCUUGGCCGCAGUUGAUUCAACAAACAAUUACGUUGGUAACUUUACCCAUGGAGCAAAUAUCAAACAAUUAGCUUGCCCUCAAGGUAAUGCUCUGACCCAUAGUGACCAUACAGGUAAGACAUCAGUUCGAGUUGAUUGGACACCAUCAACCGGAUUAAAAGGUCCAAUUGAUUUCAAAGCAACUAUUGUCCGCAAUUUUGAUACUUUCUGGGUUGAUGUUAAAACAACUCUCACAAUUUAAUCAAAUCAAAUCAAUCAAUCUUAAUCAACAUCUAAAUUGACAUAAAAAAACAAUUUGAUUAGCAUUAAAUGCUAAAUUAUCAAAAGAAAUUAAAUCAAUUUGAAUGGUCAAAUUGUGGAGAUGGUCAAAUAAACCAACUUGUUCAAUCAUUAAGAAAACAAUUGAUAAUAAAACUUUAACAAUUAAAAUUAAAUUGUAAACAAUUGGAAAA